AUGUCGACUGCUUCGUCUGCUGAAGAUUUGGACGUAUCCGGAUAUUCGUUGUCCACAAUUGUUCAGUUACAGCAACCGUCAACCAGCAGUUCCAGUCUAAGCUUUAGUUAUGUCUUAAGUAACCUGGCACCUGCAUUCGAAGUGACACGGAUACAAAUAGCGACGCAAGUACUACUAGCAACACAAGCACCAAAUCAUUGUGAAGAUGUUACUGACACUAUCAUGAUGAAUGAUGGCAGAAUUGAUUGA